UUCGUGCAGAACUUCGCCGAUCCCGGAAUAGUUUCGUCGGUUGCUCGUCGAAGUUUUUCGUGCGGUCGGUGCACGGGCCAAUUCGCAGUUGUUUCGGGCGUGUUCGUUCGUGAAUUCCACGACGCCCGGCGUACAUAACCCCCUGUCUCACGACACCCGCGUGUGAAUCGAAAAACAAUCAAAGUAUCGAUAUCACGUUUCGAAUUUCCCUCGAACGGACCGUUCGUUGACACGAUCGUUCAACCUGGAAGCUGAUACAGAGAACGCGGGGAUGGAUGCCACGGACGUCCUCGGUCCUGACGCCUCGUCGGGGAAUGACGAGGGUGUCUUGAACAGCGGUAAUAACAACAACAACAACAAUGAGGACGAUAAGGCACCCACCGUCGAGGAGAGUUACGAGGUCACCACCACCAAGCGCAAAACCAUCCGGACUAGCUACAAGAUCCAAGAAACUUCUUCAUCAACCAAAACAACCACUAUGACAACUGCUGCAAAGCUAUAUGGCAAGGAUUUAAGUGAAUACGAUGAUGUGGAUGUGGAUGAAUUGUUGGCACAACUUACCCCAGAAGAAAUUAAUUUACUAGCCAAGGAAGUGGAUCCGGAUGAUAGCUUUAUGCCACCAUCACAACGUUGUAGUUAUGAAUGUGACAAGAGCCCAACAGGGCCGCUAAAUCGUAAGAAACUUAUUGAACACAUCAAUAAACAAGCUUUAGAAACACCAGAUAAACCUGAAUUGAAGCCUUAUGUACCUGGUGUAAUUAGAGGCAAAAAGUGGGUUCCACCUCCUCAAGAAACAGUAAAAGAAAAAGAAGCAGAAGAACAAAUUGCUAUUGAUCUGGGAGAAGAAUAUGAGCAAGCAUUGUCUAACGCUACUCAAGAAGAAAUCAUUGAUCUUGCUGCUAUUCUUGGAUUUCAUUCCAUGAUGAACCAAGACCAGUACCAUGCUUCUCUAUUAAAUUCUGGUCAACCUGUUGGUUUGGGCUGGGAUGGAGUUACGAAAGCUAGUCAACCAAAACCUUACCCAAUGGAACCGCCUAAUGAUACAGACGUUGACGCCACAAUUAAACAAGUUCGAGAGGAUGAUUCUUCAUUGACUGACUUAAAUUGGAAUAACAUUAAAAAUAUAUCUGACGAAAAGUUUGUUCAACUAUUUGAAGGACUAGAAAUAAAUACACAUCUUGAAUCCCUGAGUUUAACAAAUGUGGGACUCACUGAUAAGACUGCACAAAGGUUGGCAGAGGCCUUAGAACAAAAUUCUACGCUCAGAGUACUCAAUGUGGAGACGAACUUCAUAAGCCCAUCUGUGAUAGUUAGGCUCAUCAGGGCACUCCUUAAAACGAAAUCAAUAGAAGAAUUUCGAUGUUCGAAUCAGAGGUCACAGGUAUUGGGAAAUAAAAUUGAGAUGGAAAUUACACAAUUGGUGGAACAAAAUCCAACAUUGCUCCGACUUGGCCUUCACUUGGAGUUCAACGAUGCUAGACAUCGCGUAGCUGCACAUUUACAACGCAACAUUGAUAGGAAUCGUCUACAGCGCACGGGAAGGUCUUCCCGCAACUAUACUAUCGGCUGGGCCCUGCACCGAUGACUGCCUACGUUUACUUCGACAACGACGAUGACGACCUAGACAACGACUACGAUGCUCGAGUAAUCUGCCUACGACUGUUCAUCACUGUUAAUCGGGUUAAUCUGGUAUCGAAAGUAAGAUAGAUAGUUUGUAACUGUACGUUUUGUAGAAGAAUGUUAUUUGAGAGAACGUGUGCGUUUUAAAUUUGUUCGAUUUCGAA